AUGUUUCGUGACAACGAAUUUCCGAUGUCUUCAGGCACAUUUCCUACCACACUGUCCGAGCCUACUAUUCAAAACGACAACUUCGAUGAUGUUUUUGGAUCUGACCCAGGUUCCCCUAUUCUUGACGGCAGAGACAGCCAUGAAGGAGGUAUGUUUGGGAUUGGAAAUUCGGAGAUUUCAGAUAUACCAAGAUUAAAGGAGAAACAUGAAACAGAAGGAUAUAGGGACGGUGUCACAAAGGGGAAAGCUGAGAGUGUACAAAACGGAUUUGACGAGGGAUUUGGGCUGGGCGCCGUAUUAGGAUUGAGGAUAGGAAAAGCUAUAGGGAUUCUUGAAGGAGUUUUUGGAGCAGUCUCCGCGUCCGCGAGCAAAUUUGAAGAUGCAGAAUGGUUGAAAGAAAAGCACCGAUCAGAAGAACUAUUAAAAAAUGCGAGAGAGGAGUUGAAGACAGAAAAAGUUUUUGCGAAAGAGUGGUGGGGUGAGGAUGGAAUUUGGAAGUUUGAAGUUCCGGGGGAGGAAGGGAAGGAUGUUGUUUUUCCCGACGUUGCUGCUGCACAUCCUUUGCUCAAGAAAUGGGAAGGGAUUGUGAGAGAGGAGGUACAAAGGUGGUCGUUAGAUUUGGAAUUGAUGGAAGGAAAUGAAGAGGGUAUUGUGCCGGUGGGACAGCAAACGAAAGCUGACGCCGUGGAACAGAAAAUUGGUACGGUCAAGAAAGAUUUGAAUUGGUGA